GGCUGCUGGCUUGGUGUGUGUAUGUGUGUGUGUGUGUGUACGCGCGCUGUCUUCCUCGGUCGUCGCCGCUCCUUCAAUGACUUGCACUGACUCCCACUUGUCCAACCACCUUUCCUUCCACGGGCGGCAUUCAGCAAAACUAAAUGCUGUGUGUGUGACAAAGCAGGAAACAGACUCCUCUUCCUGACGGAUAAACCUGAAGUCUGCACAUUUAUCGGAGUGUGUGGGAGCAUCAUGUGGAGGAAGGCUUUAGCAGCGGCCCUGCUGGCGUUAGCUGUUGGAUAUUUCUACCAUGGCGGCCAGGACCUGCCAGAGCAGAUUCUGCAGUACAUCAGCCUGCCAAACUUUCAGUCAUCAUCUCACAACAGUCAGAACAGCCUGGAGCAGGUGAUCUCCGCUGCCUGGGAGACUCUGAUAACUUUACCAACCCGACAAUGGAGCAAAGUAGCUGUAGGUGUGAACGCCUGUGUCGAUGUGGUGGUCUCCGGAGUGGGACUCCUGCAGGCUCUGGCUGUGGAUCCUGGCACCGGCCUGGACCACGAAGUGCUGCACUCCAAAGAGGACUUGAAGGAAGCCUUCAUCCAUUACAUGGGGCGUGGAGCAGCUGCCGAGCGUUUCUUCAGCGACAAAGAGGUCUUUCAGAGGAUUGCACGUGCAGCCGCAGAAUACCCCGGUGCGAAGUUGUAUGUGGGAGGGAACGCUGCCCUCAUUGGUCAGAAGCUCGCCACCUACCCUGAUCUGAUGGUUUUGUUAUGUGGGCCAGUUGGUCCGAAACUUCAUGAGAUGCUGGAUGAGCAGAUUGUCGUUCCCCCAGAAUCUCUCCAGGAGACGGAUGAAUUUCACCUCAUCCUGGAGUAUAAAGCAGGUGAACAGUGGGGUUCAACUCAGGCACCUCAAGCCAACCGCUUCAUCUUCUCUCAUGACGUGUCCAAUGGGGAAAUGAGCUCACUGGAGACAUUUGUGGCGAGUCUGGAGGAGUUUCAGCCUGACCUGGUCGUCCUGUCGGGGCUGCACAUGAUGGAGGGUCAGGGCAGAGAGCUGUGGGAGGAGCGGCUGAAAGAGGCUGUGUCAGCCAUCUCUGACAUUCGUAAAGAUAUUCCCAUCCACCUGGAGCUGGCGAGCAUGACUGACAAAGACUACAUGAACAGCAUCAUGCAGGAGCAGGUUAUGCCCAUUGUCAGCUCCAUUGGGCUGAACGAGCAGGAGCUGCUCUUCCUCUCUCAGGCUGGUGAGGGGCCUCACGCAGACUUGGCUGCCUGGAAAGGCAUCCCGGAUGUGAGCCGGGUCAGUGACAUUCUGCUCUGGAUCCUGGAGCAGCAUGGCCGCAGUGACCCGUCGUCAGAGGCAGACCUGACUCGCAUUCACUUCCACACGCUGGCCUACCACAUCCUGGCUACAGUGGACGGAUACUGGGGGAACCAGGCGGCAGCAGUGAUGGCUGGAGCACGAGUGGCCAGCAGUCAGGCCUGUGGUCUCCAUUCUGUUGACGUUAGCAAAGUAGAGCUCAAAGCCCCACUAGAUUUUCACAGUUCACACUUUGAGCCACGUGAGAAGUUGACCCUGAACCCAUCAGAACCUGUCACCGUGUGGCAUCGUGGAAACAUCACCUUCCACCUCACACCGGUGCUGGUCUGCAAACAGCCGCUUCGGACAGUUGGGCUCGGGGACGCCAUCUCAGCAGAGGGACUAGUUUACUCAGAGUUAAAGACCCAGCAGCCCUUCUGAGGUUUGCUUCAGCCUGACACUCCAUGUCUGAAAAACUGUUGAUGUGAUUAACUGAAAAGACCCAGUGCAAUUUCCACCUGCAGCUGUGGUUGUUGGGUUGGAUUCAUGUUUCUGAGCCAGUUCAAACCUCUGGGUCCUGAACCAAGUUCUGUGUCGUCCUUCCCAAGGCUCCUCUGAGUUUAAGAAUGUGAUCAGUGGCGACAGUUUUAAGUUCCUGCCUGACGACUCCUCCAGUCUGCUUCGGUCUCCUCUGUCCUCCCUCCUUUAAUCCUCUGGCUGGCACAGAAACUGAGGCAGAACUUUACAGAACUGGAUCUGACUGGACUGUGAGGCGGCCUGACUCUAUGCACUGUGCACAGAUCAAAGCCAUCUUCACAAACUCCAAAGAGUUUUGUUGGCUCAUGUAAUUUACUUUGACCCGCAUAUCUUCAGUAUGCUGUGCCUUGAUAAAAUAAAAGAAUUUAGAAGUUAUUAUUAAAUAUUUUAUUCCUAUUUCAGAGCCAGACAAACUUAAAAUUAAGCUUCACAUCAGUUAUCCCGCUGAGAAAUAUGUAAACACACACACACAUAUAUAAAUAAUUAUGUUUGACUGGAAGCUGAUGAGCAUUUAACUCUAAGGUAGAAUCAAAGUGUUAUUCUUGAUGUUCUUUGUUUCUUUUCAACCUUCGGUGCAUUCACUUCAAAUACACACUAUAACUUGAACGUUCAUUCUCCUAUGGGUGUCUGACUUACCUAGAUAUACUUGACAUUUUUGUUACUAGCGAGAGUGACAGCCUCUGUGUUUCCUCAGUUUUUGGUCCAAACACUCCUCUCACUAUAAAGACGUUUCACUUUGGAAACUCCAUAGCACAGUUAUUAUCAUCUCUGUUGCUUGUGCUACAUUAUAAAUUCCUGAUGCAGAGUCCUUGUUCGUUUUUGAUCAGAUAGUAAAAUGCUACAUGUCUAAAGGCCAACUUUAAAUAUGAAGGGGAUCCUUCUAUAUGCAGUAAAGCUCAGUUUACAAUCAGAUGCUGGCUAACUAAAAGAUUCAGCUGGCAAUAAAUUAGGUGAAAGGUGAAAUAAAAUUUCAAAUUGUGGUGUAGGUCAUAUGUUAUCAGGGUUACUGUACUUGUUUGUUUGCUUCCUGUUUUGUUGGUACAGAUCCAUUCGUUUCAGGUAUUGCUUUCAUUCACUUCUAAAAUGUGAUAAUUUAACAUGAUUGGCUGGAAACUCUUAAAAACUUCCAGUGUUACAAAUUGCAAGUAAAGCUUCUUGAUUCGGAUUCGAGCAUAUGACUGAAUUAUGCUUUUUCAAGAGUUUUUUUUUGUGAGCUCACUUUGAAACGCCUGCAUCAUGUUAGAUGUACAGUAUGUAACUAUCAGAACAAUGUGUUUGUAUACCUCAAAAGGCCACUGAAGGCAUGCAAUAACAAUGGAGUCUUAAUGCAAACAUACAACAAAAAGGAUGUAUGGCAUUUAGCAGAAUUAAUUCUUUGCACUAGUAGGAAGUGGCAGGUGUGCCUGCAAAGGUGAAUGUAACCAUAACUCCAGCUCCCACCCCCCACCCCCACCACCUUUAUUUUUUAGCAAGUACAAUCUAUUCAACUUUACUCAUUGCAUCGUUUGUGUCUCAUGUUUUUAACAUUUGGAACUGUCAACAAGUUUCCUUUACUUGUAGUUUGUCAUUAAAAUGUGUACGGACA